AUGUCAAAUAAAACGGAUAAUGAGGGAAAAACCAAAAAUAUUGGGAUAGAAUCCGAUGAUGAAAUAAUUUUACGCCGUAAAAGACAAAAUGCCGAGAGAGUUCGUGCUUUUAGGGAGAGGAAAAGGGCUGGUCUUCAAUCAACCUCUCCAGCCGAAGCGAACUCUCAGAUGCUGAAAAUAAUGGAUCCUGGGCCCGAAGAUAUUGUGGACAUAAAAAUUCUGCAUCAAAAACAACUAAACGCGGAAAGAUGCCGCAGGUAUCGUGAAAAACGAAAAAGGCUCAUAGAGGGCGUAAAUUCUAACCAAGGCACGAGUGACAGCGACGGGAGUUUGUGUCUAGAUUCAUCCACGCGAUUAGUUGGUAAUCCAGAGGAAUUUGAAAUCUCGUCCAAUCAGAUUCAAGGUUCCGACACAAAUUCCAGCACUCCAGCGGGUGUUUACUGUCGCCGGUACCGAAAAAGACUCAAUGCGAGAAGAAAAAGAGUAGUAGAAGAGCCGUCAUCGUUCUAUACGUUAUAUAUCAAACAUAACGGUGCUCAUAAUGUGUUCGAAAACUUAUUUGAGAAUAAUCUAUUCGGUUUUUCGUGUACUGUUUGUGAAACACUUUGGUUCGAAAAUGAUUUGAAAAGACCACCUUCAUCAUGUAGUGCAAUCUUGGAACAAAUAUGUCCAACUGUCUCAGUUCAAGAUAUUCUCGUGUGUGCGACCUGUAGAGUUUCAUUAGUUGCUGGUAAAAUUCCGAAUUUAUCAGUGUAUAAUGGGUUUAGUUAUCCACCUAAGCCGAAUCUCCCGGAAUUAGAUUUAGUUUCUGAGCGAUUAAUAUCACCUAUAUUACCUUUUAUGCAAAUUCGAAGGUUGCGCUACGUUAAGGAACAAUACGGAAUUAGUGGACAAGUAAUCAAUGUGCCGGUUGAGAAUAAUAACAUGGUCCAGUUUUUGCCUCGUAAUUUACAAGACGAUUAUUGUUUAAAUGUUCACUUUAAAAAACGAUCAAUGUUCAAAUCCUCUUAUUUGAAAGAUCUGGUAAAAAAGAGGGUUCUUAAAGAAUGGCUGGAUUACCUUGUAGACACCCCACUUUAUAAGCACUAUGAUAUAAAAAUCAGCCAGGAUUUUUUGAAAGAAUUUAGUGAUAAUAGUGUUAUACCAGAUAUUGUUUUAGAUGAUUUUGCUGAACCAAUUCUAAUAUACGGUAAUUCAGUUGCUGAACAGAAUACUCUUUUAUGGUCAGAAGAUAAAUAUUUACAAAGUGCAGCGGAGGGAUCCAAAAGCUCUACCGGCCUAAACUUUAAUGAUCAUGUGGAAGAAUUAUCUUUCCCGGAAAUUUACUACGGUCAAUUUCGCGAAUUUAAAGAUGGUGUUAAUUAUAAAGCAUGCUCUAUUGCGACAAGUGAACUGCGGCGCAGUGACAGACGAGGCGUUACUCCUCGCCACUUGCUCUUCUUAGCUAUGAAGAUCAUUCGACUCCGACUAAGUGAAAAUAAACCUACUUCUUCCAAAAAUGUCGCCCACGGCGAAAACAUAUCGGAAGGCCAAUUAUUAUCUUCCAGUCAUCUCAAUGGCUGUGUGGAAUCAGGUUUGACUCUUCUCAAAUCCAUACCAAAUUCUGUACAAUAUUGGCAAAGUCGGAAAAAAGACCUCUUUGCGAUGAUCAGGCAACUUGGUAAGCCCACGGUAUUUUUGACUUUAUGCGCCAAUGAAAUGUCGUGGAAAGCACUUUUAAAAAUAUUACAUAAAUUGAAACAUGGUAAGGAUAUCACCGAUGUAGAAGUCGAUCAACUGCACUAUAAAGUCAAGUCAACCUUAAUCAAUGAGGAUGCAGUUACGUGCGUCAUUUAUUUCAAUAAACUUGUGAACGUCAUAUUGGCAAUUCUUCAAAAUAAAACCGUUAGUCCAUUUGGUAAGCAUUAUGUGGAACAUUAUUUCAAGAGAAUUGAAUUUUCACACAAAGGAACUCCUAACGCGCAUAUUUUGCUUUGGCUGAAUGAGGCGCCUAAAGAUGCUUUUGGGGCAAAUAUGAAUGAGGCUAUUCAACUUAUUGAUGAUUUAAUAUCAGUGUCAAGAACGGAUUCAUCAGGACAUAUUGAUCUCGUCACACAUCAUCACACUUCUAGAUGUUAUAAAAAUAAUAUAAAUCAAAGGAAAUGUAGGUUCAAUGCUCCUUUUAUGCCUUGUCGUUCAACUGUUUUACUCAAGCCGUUAGUUAGAUCUACUGAUGACGAAAAACGUCUUUGUGAAAAGUACAAAAUUAGAUAUCAAACAUUACAUCAAAAUCUUGAAGACAAUGACUACGAAGAUAUUGAUGAUUUUUAUCGUAAAAAUAACGUAACAUCUGAUGAAGACUAUUUUAAAAUCUUGUCUGCUGGAAUUGUACGGCCAACAGUUUUCGUUAAGCGUCACCCUAAUGAAAAAUGGCAUAACUUUUUCAAUCCCUUUAUUCUUCACCAUUUGAAAUCGAGCAUGGAUAUUCAAUAUAUAACAGAUGAAUAUUCCUGUGCUGCAUACGUGGUGGAGUGCGUAUACCGAUCGGACCGAGGCAUUAGUGAUCUUCAACGAAAACUAUAUGAACUUUUGGAAGAAAACCCAAAUUACGAUUUAGGUGAUAUGAAAAAACAUCUGGUCGUUAGUAUUUUAAAUACAAUAGAAAUGUCCAGUCAAGAAGCAGCGUGGUUUCUUCUUAGAGAGCCAAUGUCUAUGUCUGCACCAAAAGUUGAAUUCAUUCCUACAAUGUGGCCUCACGAACGUCAUCGUAUUAAAAAAAUAGAAAAAGAAUUAGACUGGCUUUCUGAUGAUGAUACCAAUAUUUGGAAAGAAAACUGUUUCGAGAAAUAUGAAAAUCGACCUGCAGAAUUAGAAAAUAUUUCGUUAAUUGAUUUUGUUGCAUGGUAUGCAGUCAGAAUUCGCAAAAAACAAAAUUGGGAUACAGAAGAUGAUGAAGAAAUUGGAGAAGAGCUGUCAUCAGAAAAAAAUGUCAAUCAACAGAGUGAAAAAAAAUAUUACCGUAGGAAAAUCCCGAGAAUAGUACGUUAUCAACAUUACGAUAUGACUAAAGAAAUACAAGACUACAAACGUGUAAUGGUGACCUUGUACGUGCCUUUUCGUAAUGAACAAAGGGACAUUUUGGCUGAAAUGCAAUUUGAAAAAAAAUACCAUGAAAAUGAACAAUUUAUUUUAAUUCAUCGUGCGGAGUUCGAAGCUCAUGUCGAUAUUGACAAAAUUAUUGCGGCGUAUAAAAAAUUAUGUCACCCUAAUGAAAAUGAGGAAGACAUUGAUAUUUUACCACUUUUACACCAUUACGAGAAUCCAGUCAUCGAAUUUUGCAAAAAUCCAGAUACAGUAACUGACACAAUGAGCGAUCUCGCCAACGAUUCUAUUGAAGUGUUGGAGAAGCCGGUAAAAGAAAAUGAAAUUAAGUUCCCGCCUUUCCCAGAUCCGACGGAUGAAGAUUUUGAUGAAGAUAUACAAGAGGAUGAGAGAGAUUACUACAAAAAUAAAUUCAAAGAUUUGAAUACAUUAACAUCACUGAGAUUGCAUUGUUCUGCUUGUGAUCGUCAUUUAGGAUGUUCCCCACGGAAUGAAUCUCGUAUGAGACGGCAUCCAUUAUUAAGGACUUUAGUCUGCCAUACUUGUCAUACAUUUUAUAAUAGCGGAGAGUUUGAAAAGGGUGACGAUGGAUCUGAAUUAUAUUGCCGUUGGUGCGGCCAAGGCGGCCAAGUCUAUUGUUGCUCUGCCUGCCCACAUGUCUUCUGUGCGAAAUGUAUAAAAAGAAAUUUGGGUGCGCCGAAGAUAAAAGAAAUCGAAGAAUUAGAUGACUGGAAAUGUUUUAAAUGUAAUAAUAAAUGUCUUUGGGAUUUGAGAGGUCUCUGCUGGGCCGUUCUGAGAUAUUGCAGUUUAAAAAAUAGAAUUUUGCAACAAACCAAAGAUAUGACUAUAAAAGAAGCAUACUUGAAAGACUGUGCUCAAGAUUGGUCUGAAUGUUGUAAAGGUAAAGUUUCUAAGAAAAAAGAGAAACAGGAAUCGAAGAAGAAAGAAACAGAUACAUCUAUUAAAAAACAAACAACUGCAAUUAUAAAUAAAAUACCACCAACAAUACAGGUUAAAAAGUUUGCAUCAAUCAACUUGGAUGAAUCACCAAAAAUGGAGGCAAAGAAAGCACAAAAACGACCCGCCAGCCCAAAGAACAAACCAAUCAUUAUAAAAAAUCCAUUGUCCAUGCCAACAACUGUUGUCAAUCAGAUGAAUGCAUCACCAAUGCCUAAAAAACUUAGGAUGCCAAAUUCUACAGUUAUAAAUCCGGUGAGAUUUAGUCAUGAAAGAAAACAGUCGUUCAACAACUACCAGAAAAUAAGACCCAAACUACCCCAAAUGCCGGUAGUUUAUAAUGGUUACAAUAAUGUUAGUACAUUUUCAAAUGACAAUAUAAAUCUGUCCUUGGAAAACUUAACACAGGGUCUAGACAUGAAUGCGGUUGUAGGGAUAGCCAGCACUUCCCAGGAUAAUGAUGUAGUUUGUACACCAGAUUUUCCUUUGGAGCCAUUGUGUGAGGUGACUGAAGAUACCGGCGAUGAUGACGUUCAGUGUAUGACGCCCGGACCUGUAGCGGCGCCUAAAGUGACGGCUGUGGUCCGACAGACCAGUUCACUACCGGAUCUAUCACCAGAGAAUAUUAUACAGAUGACGGAGAAUGACGUGACCGUGAACGCGGCCACCGGCGGUCUCAAGUUCCGAGUGGACCCACAGACCUUAUCAUCAAAUAAAAUGUACCGCCUCCCCGAUGGAAGGAUAUUCGCUAUAAACGCCAACCCAUCCAUGCCCUGCGGAUAUUCAGCCACAAUAGUCGCUGUUAAAGAAAAUACAAGUAAAACACCCAAGGGAACAACGUUCGCAGCGAAAUUGAGUGCAGUUUCCACACAACCUGCGCCGACGAAACUCCGUAAUCCAUUGAAUCGUAGCAACAUUCGUGCCGCUAGAUCCAAUAAGAAUAAGACAAGCGAAUCGAGAAUAUGUGAUAUGCAUGUUCCCGUCGAAUGGUACAGAUAUAAUCUUUUAGACGCUAUCGACUCUUUGGAAUAUCCACUGACGCGUUUGAACCAUUUGAAAAGGGAGGCCACCACUAUGUACCUCAGAACGAGAUCUAUAAACGAAAUGCGUCACUUACAUCACACUCUGGAGAGGGCGCUGUCUACAUCAAUAACUAGGUUCAAGGAAAUCAAAGAUAAUAUUAAUAAGGGAUUCAAACAGUACGUCGCUAAGAAAACAUGUGGCAGUACCAGCGAUGAUGAUGAUGUAGAAAUAUUACAAGAAGACGAUGAUGACCCGAUAUAUAUAGAUGAGAACUCAAUGGAGUCUAAUACUAUCGACAAUCAGGAAGUGGAUCUGACCACUCAUAAUGAUAGCGAAAGAAGCGACAAAAUGGAUUACUCACGAAACGAAGACUCUAUGAACGCUGAACAGGAACAGUUUCUUAAAUCAAUAGCAGAUGUAACGGCCACAGAAGAUAAAACAAAAGAUAUCAAUCUGAAUGAAAAUCACUCGAGUCCUAUAAAUGAGAAUAUUAAAAUGAACACUGAGAGUGAAAAUUCAAAUGAAAACGGUGAUAUCAAGUCAGAGAUACAAGACAAUAACACAAGCACACACAGCCCGACAGAAAUGAAUGGAAAUGAUGAUGGAUUUAAAAAAGAAAAAUUUGAUGAAGAAAAUUUAUUAAAUGAGCCGUUGAUAACAGAUGAGACUGAUAAGAAGAACCAAGAUGAUAUAAGCGAGGAAAUGAUUGAGAAUUUACUAAAAGAUGACUCCGGGGGUCUCGGUGACAUACAGAAUGUACAAUCACUCGAUACUUCAGAUGAAAAUACAUUGGACACGUGUAAAGAAUGA